CCUUCCCACGAUCCGCCCACCAUCUCGGGACUGGAGUCACGUGUCUCAUCGCCUAGUGUCUCUCUGUGAGCCGACACCACCACGACUCAAACUCACCCAGCGCCCGGUGGAGAGAGAAAGGAAGAUGAGAAACGGAGAGGUGUCCGCGGACAGAGAGCCCACACGACGCCAGUGGGCUACAACAGAGAGCUUUCAAUAGAGGAUAUCCGCUGCAGUGACCCGAAAUGCUCGUUAUGUUUCCCGCAGAGGAGGGAUAUGACAAGGCUUCUGAACAGGACGGGAGAUGAGAUUCACACUGUUUCGGCGACCCUCUUCCUGUGAUCUCAAACAGUCCGCCUGUGAGCCGCCGGGCUUGGGGGUUGUACGGGACACGGAGCGCACAGAUCGCAGCCUCUCCAGCUCAACUGUGGACUGAAGAAAAUUGGUUCUUUCUGUACUAUUUUAUUUCAAUCUGUUGGAGCUCUCUGUGGGGACGGGUGGUCUUCACCAUGAGGGCUGUUUCAGCAAACUUCUUCGCUCUGCUCUUCCUGUGCGCCUUUGCAAGUGUUUUCUACGUCUGGAGCGCACUGGAGAACCGAUUACAGCGACACAAACGGAGGUUCUCGGUACCGGGUGGAGGGUCUUUCUAUCCAAGCCUCCCUGUGGACCUCUCCGCCAAAACUUUCCGGGCAUUGCUCGCUGUCACAGCGGCACAAAGACCGCACUUGGGGGGCAGACUAGAGGCUCUGAACCUCACUGAUAUCUCAGUAGGAAAUCGAAAUUACCAUGUGAAUGGGGAUAACAAGAGGUCAACGCAGCAGGAGGGCCCGGUCAAGUUAGGCUCCCCCGUGGAGGAUGGGAUAUUUUGGAGUGAAUGGCUGGAAGAACUCCUCCCUGUGGGCUUCACAGAGGAAUAUGCUCGGGCUUGGCGAGAAAGAGCGAGGACACACAGGAUAGUGAAGCUAGAGUCUGGAUGCGGCAGGAUAUCCAAUCAGCUCGCUACUUUUGCAGAUGGGACCAAAGCGUGUGUGCGUUACGGGAUAAAUGCAGAUCAGGUGCAAGGCGAAACUUUGACAUAUUACCUUGCCAGCUUACUAGGCAUCACGAACCUGCCUCCUUUAAUACUGUCUCAACUGAACACUUACAGUGAACAAUGGGCGGCGGUGAGGACACGGAUAGAUGGUUUACAGUGGAGUGACCGAGCCGUGGUUUCUCUCACCGAGUGGGUCUCCAACCUGACCGGGGUGGUCACACCUGCGCCGCUUAGACAGGAGAGCAGCGGGCUGCAUCCUGCGCUGGAGGAGCUCCGGAACAAGACGACGGUGGAGCUGCUGGAGCUUAUGCAGUGGACCGACCUGAUCAUAUUCGACUACCUGACUGCAAACUUCGACAGACUCGUCAGCAAUCUGUUCAGCCUGCAGUGGGAUUCGCGCGUAAUGGAGAGAGACACCAACAACCUCCUCAAAACACCCAGUGGUGACCUCGUAUUCAUUGACAACGAGGCCGGACUCGUGCACGGGUUUCGGGUGUUAAACAUGUGGGAGAAAUAUCACAAUACAGUAUUGAGUUCCGUGUGUGUGUUCAGAAAAAGGACCACGCAGCGCGUGGCGGAGCUGCACAGGCGCAGAGACUCCAGGAAAAGACUGCUGGAGCUCUACAGAGACAGCGAGCCUUUGUCCCUGGAAUUAGGAUUUCUCUCAGACGAGCACGCCGGUGUUCUCCAGGACAGGAUAGACAGAUUAUAUAAACACAUUUUGCAUUGCAAAGGGAAGUACAGCCAACUGUGAACAUCCAGCACGCACAGGUGAUGGAUUUGUUGUCUGCACAGUAUAAUGAGCAAUGCAAACGCACCUGUGCUAAACUGAUGCGCAUUACACAAAACUGUCUUGAAUAUCAAGCUGAACUACCUCUUGUGGACAAAAUGUGAUGCCUACUUUAUAAAGAAGAAAAUUUGACACAUGUUUCUAAGCUUCCUGCUGAGAUUUUCACUGUAUAUCUCACAGAGAGGAAUGGUUAAGGACAGUUUAUCCUGUCUUACUUCACUCCACCUGAAUAGGAAUAAAUGUUAAGAGUAGGCUAUACUUGUGACUAGGGUAUCAUAAUGCAGCCCUUCAUAUGUGUGUUUGGAUUCUUGCCUUGUGUUCAAUAAUCUUAAAGAUAAACUCCUAAGCCUUAAUAUAAGUCUCUCGAAUACUAUAUUUCUGUUGACAUCUGGCUCGCUUUUUAUAGAAAAUCGUUUGCACAGUCAAUUGUCAUAGCCAGCACCUGCACUCCUGUUAUUGUGAUUGGAUUAUAUAUUCAGCCUUAAAGUCACAGGUGUAACAUAUCCACUGUACAUGUUGUAAGUAUGUUGUAAAUAUUGUCUGCCAACCUGUUUUGGGAAAUUUGAUGCUCCACUAAUUUAAUGUGCAUUGUAACAUUCCAAGAUCUCUUGUCCUUUUUGAUAAAUACACUGUAAUUUAUGUAAACCGUUGUCGGAC